CAAUCCAGUAGACGAAUACGGUCGCGCAAUACGCCAAACAGACGAGUAUGGUAAUCCAAUCCCUCAAACUGGUACUACCACUGCAUACGGUGGCGCACCAGAGACUGGUACUACUGGCCUUGGCAUGGGACACCGCCAAGAACACUACGGAGAGUCUGGUCAGCUUCACCGUUCUGGCUCCUCCAGCUCUAGCUCCUCUGAAGAUGAUGGACAUGGUGGAAGGAGGAAGAAAGGGCUAAAAGAAAAGAUAAAAGAGAAGCUACCAGGUCAUCAUAAGGAAGAAAGAACUCAAGCAACCUCAGCUACAACUCCAGGUGGUUAUCAUUCAGCUGAGUAUGGCCAUGAUCAUGAGAAGAAAGGAAUAAUGGAUAAGAUUAAGGAGAAGCUUCCUGGCUCCCACCACCACGAGCACCACUAGGUGUUCUUUAAUACUCUACUUAAUAAUGUAUUAUACGCACGCAAUGCCCUUAUUUGUUAUGUUGUGUGGCUGAUUUGCUUUUUAUCGAUCAGUUUGUAAUAGGGUGAUGUGUGGCUGGUUGAGCUUGCAUCCCCAAGUGUGUUGGAGCUUUGGUUUGUGUGUUUAAGAAGGACUUCUGUCUUCUGUUUGGAGAAAUGUAAUAACAAAAUUUGGGAUUUACUGUAAUACUUUUCUGGAAACAUAGCAGCCAUAGAAGCAAAUAUGUAGUUAUGUAGUGUUGUGAACCUGGAGUGUGAUGUAGCGAACGCGGGAAAUUCAUUACAUUUGCAAGUUGCUUUCAUUUUAGUUAUUAGGUG